CUCCAACAAGGAAGGAAACCUUUUUGUAAGAUAUAAUUUUGUCUUCUUGGUUAUCAUCCACAAUGUACAGACGGUGGAUAUAUAUGUGCCUUGUAUUCUACCUUACUUUGGAAACUUCUUAUUCACAGUGUUAUGACGACAAAACCUGUGAAUGUCACUGCAAUUGUUGUUCAAACUGCCUUGGAUUUUAUUGUACCUCGUGCAACAGAGAAGGCUGGAGUGGUUUAACUGCCAACGGAUGUCAGAGAAAGAAUAUAGCUUAUAAUCAGACAACAUAUCAAAAAUCCACAAAUACGGAUUCAAGCAAUGCAGUAGAUGAAAAAAUCUCAACAUACUCUAGGACUGAAGUUCAGAAAAAUCCUUGGAUAAAAGUGAAGUUUGAUAAAAUCCAAAGAGUGAAACACAUGUUCAUAACACUUUCGGCGGGAAUUGGAAGUUACUUUGUCUAUGUGAAGAAUUCGUCAAAUGAGAAUUUAGAUAGAGAAUCUUUGUGUGCCAGAAUACAGAAUAAUGAACGUCAGUCAUUGAAAUGGAACAUUACAUGUAAAAAUGACCAAGCAAUUACCGGUGAUCAAAUUGUCAUUUUGAGGGAAACAACAAGAGGAAGUUUGAUCGUGUAUGAUAUCAAAGUGUUUCAAUGCAGCACAGGAACAUAUGGGUACUUGUGUGACAAGACGUGUGUAAAGUGUAUGGACAAUCAAUGUGACGGAUUCACGGGAGUUUGCAUAAAAGGCUGCAAGAGUGGUUGGUAUGGAGACAGGUGUGACGUAGAAUGCCCCUCUGAUUGUGAAAGUGGUUCCUGUGCCAGUGGUAACAACUGUACACGAUGUUUACCGGGAUAUCACGGGAUAUUUUGUAAUGAAUUAAUACCGUCAAAUAGUACGUCAUCAACAACGCCUUAUGUCUACGUUGUCGCCGUCCUUGGAGGUCUGUUACUGGUACUGACAAUUACACUGGUUACAUUCUUUGUGAAACGAAAAAGGGAGCGAGAAAGAACGAUUCGGAUGACUUAUCAAACUGUCCAAGUCGGCUGCCAAAAAACUGACCAUGACUACGAAUGUGUUAGCAUUGAACAUGAUUAUGGAACUAUCGAUUCCUGAGAGCUGUGUCACAAAUGAAGGAGUUAAAGACAAAAAUAUACAUAAAGGAACAUGUAAAAUUUCGUUCCAUUACUAUUUUACUACGUGAUUCAAAUACAUACAAGUCAGACUCUCUCUCUCUCUCUCUCUCUCUCUCUCUCUCUCUCUCUCUCUCUGUGUGUGUGUGUGUGUGUGUGUGUGUGUGUGUGUGUGUGUGUGUGUGUUACUGUUAAUGUUAUACAACUCUUCCUUGUGAUCAGUAUAUUUGUUACGGUAUGUGUGUAUCCGAUGUUUUGUAAGAUUUACUGAGUCAAACAAAGUGUUUCCUGCAACACUGUAGUUCUUCUAAAAAUGUUGGACCUACCAGAAAAUCUUCAAUAUGCAGUAUUUUUUUCCUGGGCGCCAUUGGCAUCUUAUAUCGUGUAUUUUUGUAUCGUUGUCUCAAAAUUUUAUAUCAAAUCAUUUCUAAGAUAUGUUCCCACAACACUUGUGCAAAUCUAAAACUCGCAGGUUAAAAUAUUUUUUGUUUGUUAACGAAGUCAUGUAAUGAAUACUUCCUGCAAAUUAUCCAUUUCAAACUAUGUUACUUGGAUGCGUCAAAACAAAUGAAGUGCUUUUUAUGUGGAAAAAAGAAAUAUACGUUUAAAAUAGAAACAAAAAACAAUUAAGUUGGGGAUGGGUUAGGAGUAUCAACUUCUUAUACCAAACUUAAUGCUAUGCCAGGUCACUGGGUUCCAAGGCAAUCGGUCAAGUCCUCCGGGUCCCCCCUCUCUCUCUCUCUAUCUGUGUGUGUGUGUGUGUUAAAUUGCGAUGGGUAAUUCGGCGGAAAUUAUCAUGAAUAAAUUGAGAAUUCAAACUUUCUAAAAUUAAAAUGUCGGUGCUUCAUGAUCAGCAAAUGAAUGUAUUUUAUAUAUCCAUAUCAGUUAACGUUAAGGAUAAUAAUAUGAGCUAUUUUAGGAUGUUAUAAGGAGAUAAUUUUAAAGAUUUUUGUGUCAUUACUCCUCCCAAAUGCGAAAGAGUAUAAAUAUUGCGAUAAUUUAUCACUUCAUCGUACCAUUUCUUGCUACUGGACUGGUAGGCUGCGUUAUUUCAAGUGCCAAUCCAUUAAAUAUUACCUAUUUUUACACGAAGUGUUGUAUAUAUAUGUCGUAUUUUGAUUUUCGCUUUGUUUUAAACAUCUCCAAAUUGUUUUAUUCGGAACACCUUUGCACAUGCAAUUUCCGAAGGUAUUUAGCGUCAAAGUGUCACAAAGAAAAGAAAGAAAACUUAUCUAAUAUUGACAUAAACGUCAAAUUAGGCUACAGCGUCUUGGUAACCCUCAAGACUAUUUUACAAACAUACGAUGUAAAGCAAAACAUUUAUAAACCUUCACCUUAUACAUGUAUAUAUCAAAGCUUAUUUUUUCCUUAAAGGAAAAGUAACUUAAGGAUCUUGUUCACAUUUCAGGUCGUAUUAUACUGCCAUUAAAUAGCUUUUUUUUGUAAUUCAUUUUUUUUAAUUUAUUCAUUUUGUGUUUGUUUUCACAAUAAAUAAACAUUUACAUAUCCACAACACAUGAUAAUAUAGUAUACACAUAUUUCAAGCAACUACAAACGUGUGUAUAUUUAGAUAUGUAUAUAGUGUGAAAAGUUUUUAACAAAAUUAAAUAGCUUUCAUCUCCAAAGUAAAACAUAAUAAGUCGUCUGUAGAAUAUGAUAUUUGCAUUUAUGAAUUUCUUUUUAAAUUGUGCUUUGCAUUAGCCCUCUGUAAGUCAUGUACAUAAAAUAGUUUUAAAGGACAGUAUGAUAUCAAUAUUGAUAUUAUAUAAAGAUGUGAUUGAACAGUUAUCAAUACGUGAGUGAAAAUUUGGUCCAUGUAAUACACAAUAGCUAUAAUUCAGAAUACACUCUGUUUGCAAUCUUAACGGUUUGCACAAUGAAAGGUAAAGAUAACAAACAGUGAUCAAUCUCAUUACUCCUAUAAGCAAUACAAAAUAAAGAGUUGGGCAAACACGGAACCCUGGAUAUACUAGAGGUGGGAUUAGGUGCCUACGAGGAAUAAGCAUCCCCUGUCGACCGGUCACACCCGUCGUAAGCCCUAUAUAUCGAUCAGAUAAACAGAGUAAUCUGUGGUCAAAAUCAGUGUGCCAAGAACGAUCUAAUAAUCGGCAAGAAACACGUCAGACAAUAUUGAACCAAAUGAUACAUGUAGGUUGUAUUGGCAAAUUAGAUCGUUAUAACUGUCAUAGAAUUUGCAAAAUGCUGACCUUAAACGAGACGAAACCCUGCGCCAUCAACUUGUUUGUCAGUAGCCUGCCUCGAUUUAAAAACUGAUCAUACGCAGGACACCUUGCGUAUAUCGAAUCAGUUGAGAGAUAUAAACACUAUCUACAGAUAAUACUAGAAUAUUGCUACAUAAAUAUGGGAAGUUGACGAUGGAUAAGCUGAAAUCAUCCCGUUUGUCAUAAAGAUGGGUGGUUAGUUUGCCGUUAGUAUCGAUUUCCAAUAAAAUAUCUAACUAUGAAGCAAAACUGGACGACUCUGGGGUGUCUUUUAUUUCGAAUUCACGGGUAUUUUGAUUGAUUGAUUUUGAUCUUGCGUCGUUUCCUCAAUAUUUCAGUCAUUUUACGGCGGUUAACUAGUUGAAAUAUGUUUGGUUGUGGGUGUUUGAUUUUCUCUGACCGCAUCCAGUGAGUCUCCUCUUUUUCAAAAAUCGGGGAAACGAUCUUUUGUGUGCCAAGGGGGUUGUGAUCCUUGACACGGGACACCGUUUAACGUCUCAUCCGACGGACAUUUAACGGGGAUAUAUCGAUUCGACAUAUGAAUGAAAAUUAUCAUUGUUUAUAGAUAAAACAUCGUUGAUAUAUCUAAAUGUCGAAUUCAAGACCACAGCAAGAAUUUUUUUCUUCUCACGUAAAAGUUUUGUAAUAACUUCUGCUUCAUAGGAAUAUAAAACCAGGUCAGCUAACAAAGGAGCACAAUUCGUGCCCAUGGGAAUUCUAACAGACUGUUGGAAGACCUGAUCACCAAAGACUACGAAGAUAUUGUCAAUGAGGAACUGCAGCAUAUUUUUUAUUUCAACUUCAGAGUACUCGUGCAUGGAACCAGAGUGGUGUUUAACAAAGUAAUCUUUCGGAUGAUUGAUCACUAGAUAUGAAUAUUUGCGUUUUCCAUUUUUGUUGAACAUGCAACUGUUAAUGACGUCAAAUAGUCUAGUCUUUAAUUAAUUUAUGUUGUUGAUUUGAAAAAAGUCUUGCGAUUUCAAGUUUACUAAAAGUUCUUUAGAGUUUUUUAGAAUUCACAUUUGAUUUACACCACUUCUGGCAUAAUUAUGUAGUCGCACAGUAAGUUUGAAGUUUCUCUUUCACAGUUGUUAAUAUUUUCGUGAGGAGCAAAGAUAGAGGCUUCGUAGAGCACUUACUGGAUCCAGCAGUGUAUCUUUGAUUGUAAGGGUCCAAAAGAAACUAAAAGCAAAGGAAGAAAAGAAAGUACAUAUCCAGCUGAAUAUUUUCUCCUGCGUUGGAGAAAUGGUCGAAUCACAGCAAAAGUCAUGAUUUCGGUUACAGAACACUAGUACUUAGGGACGCAGGACUUUCUCUCCCCCUCCCUGUAUUUUUAUUACCUCCAGGAGUAGGUUGGAGUCAUAAUAGAGGAUUUUAGCUUUUCAUAAAUGUCUUUAAAAUUCUUCAUCCCCUAGGCACCUGAUCCCACCUCUGAUAUAUCAAGGGGUCCGUGUUUGUUCAACUUUCUAUUUUGCAUUCUUUAUAGGAGUUAUGAGAUUGAUUACUGUUCCUUAUCUUCACCUUUCAUCUCAACAACAGCAGGUCGAUGAAUACAAUGUAGUUAUCUUAAUAUGGAAUCAUUCUCCGGUAGUUCAAAUUGAAUUUCGUUCAAUUCAAGUCAGAUUUGGAAUAUACAGGAUAUCAAUUAAAACAAAUUCUUUUCAAAACUAGCAGGGCCACACUAAUCAUAUUAAAAACAAAUGUCCCUAUUUUGAAUGAAUUCAAGUUUGUUUUUUUUCUUCAAAUCAUUAAGUUAUUGAAAGGACAUAGGCACGAUUUGAGCUGAAAAUUAAGAUUUUUUUUUUUCAUUUUUAUUGUUUAAAAUGCUGAACUAAAUUAUUUCUAAUCGUCAACAAAAUUUGAAUAUCAGUUGUUGAGUUAUAAGUGAGAUACAUCAUUCACCGACAGAAACUGGACGAUGGAAUAAUUAUAAUGUUAAUAGGGAAAAUAGAACAUGCUGUUUAUGUAACGUAGAUAAUGUAGGUGAUGAAUACAUUAUAUUAUGCAUUGGGAAAAGUUUGAACAUGAAAGAAAAGCAUUUGUACCAAAAUAUUAUUGAUCAUGACCAAAUGCUUUCAAAUUUUACAAUGUUUUCUCUACACAGAACGAUUUGUUGUUAAACACUAUAUUCAAAUUUAUAAAAACCGUAAACGAGACGGUCUAUCCUCCUGGUUAGUCAACUGUUAUGGUAUUUGAUACUUGCAAUACAUGUAUAUAUAAACACUGUCUUCUCUGCUCUGUUUACGCAUACUUAUAAUUGUAUUAAAUUGUUUUUGUUUAUAUGUUCUAUAUGUUGUGACUUUCAACUGAGAAAAAUAAACUCAUUCAUUCAUGAA